AUGGCAGGGUUCCUCAUUCCACCAUGGUACAAGAGCGAGAAGCCCGGAGAUCUCGAGAUCAAUAUUGUCAGCAUCAUCUUUGGUUGUAGCUUGGGAGCAACCUUGUUCACUGCUUCCAUGGCGAUUCAACAGACUCUUUCUGCCUAUAGAAGAGGGCGACUUUUCAGUGCUUAUAUCAUCAUGUGUUGGCUCGAUUGGAUUGGAUGCAAUGUCAUGGGUAUUGUCACUUACUGCUGGUUGAGGGGAAUCGCUCCACCAAGCUUCUGGGUCUUUUUCUUUAUUGUUGCUGCCUGGAGCAUACAGAUCCAGUUCACCCUUCAAAUCAUCAUCAAUCGAAUAGCACUCCUCCUAGUCAACAAAAGAAACAUCAACAGAGUCAAAUGGGGUGUCGCUUUAAUCGCAUCUCUUAUCAAUAUCAGUGGCUUUUGCAUUUGGAUCCCCGCCCGUUUGCAGAUUUCUCCUGUAUACCACGAAAUCAACAUUGUCUGGGAUCGCACCGAGAAAGGCAUCUUCCUCAUUGUCGAUCUCACACUAAACGUGUACUUCAUUUGCCUCGUCCGAUCGAGGCUGAUCAAGUAUGGAUUGACCAAGUAUAACAAGCUCUUCUACUUUAACGUCGCCAUGGAAAUUCUAUCAGUGUCACUGGAUUUUGUCUUGAUGGGUGCUACGUUCCUUCCAAGCCCUGUGGUCUAUGUGCAAUUCCACCAACUCGUUUACCUACUCAAACUAUACAUCGAGAUGAACGUUGCAUCUCUUCUGGGUCACAUUGUCAGGGAUUCUCAACAACAGACCAAUCGACCAUCCACAAACAGAUUCGGACGAAAUGAUGUUGAACAUUCAUCCGGCGGCAAAAUGACAACUUCAAUCUCAGCCAACCAUGUGACGCAUGUCCGACUCGCUGAUCAGUCUGACGAUACCAUAUUCUUUAGUAAACCACAAGAGGAUGGGAUUUCUGAGGCCUGUUUCAUCGCAACCUGUAUAGAGCUCUAUGGAUUUCCUGGAUCGACCUGCACACUCCUAGUGCGCACCGUUCUCGAGGAAAAGGGCCUUGAGUAUGAGUUGAUCACUGUCGACGUCUAUGCUGGUGCCCACAAGACAGAGGAAUACGCUGAGAAAUUUCAUCCGUUCAACAAGAUUCCUAUCCUGAUUGAUGAGGAAGCAGGCAUUCGAGUAUUUGAAAGUCGAGCCAUUGGUCACUACCUUGCGGCCAAAUAUCGUGGCCAAGGUAUCGAGUUGUCCCCCCCUGAGAGUGACCUCAAGGCAUACGCAGCCUUUCAGCAGGCUUUGUCAAUGGAAUUGUCCUACUUCUAUCACAAUGUCAGUACAAUCGCUAUGGAGGAAAUCUUCGGCCCUAUGAAAGGCUUCGGUCCUGCCAAUAAAGACAUAGUCAAGGCCAAACUCGAUGAUCUGGACGCAGCAUUCAUUGGAUAUGAGAGAAUCCUCUCAAAGCAGAAGUAUCUUGCUGGAGACAAUGUCACCCUCGCCGAUCUGUUCCAUCUACCGUAUGGACAGAUAACAGAGUCACUGGGGUUCGGUGAGCUUCUUCAAAAGUACCCAGCUGUUGAGAAAUGGUGGAAUGGAUUGAAGGAAAGGGAGAGCUGGAAGAAGAUCAAUGUUUAG